GCAGUAUUACACAUCCUUGCUUGACUUCUGUGGACGAGAAUAUAAAUAAUCACCACCGGCUUAAAAGAACUAAAGAAAUAUAGUGUUUCAUGUAACGACAUCUUUCAAACAUGUUUCUGCAAAAGUGCCCGAGUGUGCCGGAAUUUGAUAAUCAUCGUUUGAAAAACAAAAUGAAGUAUUAUAUUUGAUGCAUGUGAAAGAAAGUGAUUGAUAUUUCUGCUGCAGAUUAAGAAAUAUUACAGGAUGUCAUAGACAGCGAUGGGUUGCUCAUGUUUUCAAGCUAUCAUUUUGUAUUAGAAGUGACUGAAACGAAGACAACAGGGCUGGAUAUUAGUAUCAUUUUUCCUAAGUGAUAUUAUCAUUCCCCUUUUCAUUAACUGUGGUCUUAAGUAAACACAAGCUAACAAAGAUACAUGAGUAAAAUUGUACAAUAUGGCAAAAAACAAGACAAUUAAUGAACCAAAACAUCCGGCGUCAGAGAAAAGUGAUUUUAUAAGCGUUCGAGGUCAGUCACACUCGGGCAGCGUCUCAAAAGAAUCGGAAGAUUAUCAAUCUGUAUCUUCUAAAGAUGUGUCUUCGGUUAUGAGAAGAUGGGAUAUAGAGAAACCUAUAGACGAUCCCUUGUGUGAAUCAUUUUCAGUAACUGACAUGUGUUCAAUCUGUGCAGCAAAGGAAAUAGGUAAAAUAGCAACACAUAUAUGUCGAGACUGCAGCCGAUAUGGCAGAUACUAUUGUCAAAGUUGCUGGGAUUAUCACAAUAAGUUCUUACCCACUCAUGAUACACUGUCACUUUCCGUUAGCAGCGAUAGUGACGAUGAAAUAAACAUGUGGCUGAAUGAGCUGAAACAGCAAAUUGAGAAAGAUGAAUACAAUGAAAAGACAUUUGAUAAAAAACCUAAUGGAAAUGUAGAGUCAGCAAAAUUGUCUGUCUUUUUAAAGGAAAUUUGCACCAUCAUUCAAAGAAGAAGUAAACGCCAAAG